AUACAUUGUUUCAUAUGUUGUUAAACUUUGUUUUUCUUCCACUCUUAAUUUCUUGCUGCUAGGUUGAGAGGAUUCCGCGUACAUUUCGUUCGAGGGACCAUUACCUCUGCUGUUAUACAUUUCCUUUGUUGGAAGAAACCCGGGAAAUGGUUGCUUCUUCUAUGGAAGCAAUGGAUAAGGCGCCAUUUGCUGAAGUCGUCUCUUUCGACGCUACAAAAGGGCAUGGGAAGGGUAUGCAUUACUAUAAUGUCAAGGUUGAGUUUUGGAGGAUAAGAGUUAGUGAGGAUGAAGAGCCUUACAAAACCUUACCUGGAGACUUGGUGCUAAUAUCGGAUCAUAAACCGGAGACGGUUUCUGAUUUGGACCGCGCGGGAUGGAAUUGGGCACUUGCUUCAGUUGUUAGUGUCACGGAUGAUGAUGGAGUUUCCACUACUGAGUUCAAAGUGAAAAUGGCUGUAGACUUUGGAGCCAAAAUUGGAGUCCAUUCUUCAGUCCACAUUGUUUUCUUAGACAACAUCACAACAAGCAAACGGAUUUGGAAUGCUUUGGGUAUGCCCAGGAAGUCCAACAUCAUUCAUGCUGUUUUGUACACUAGUGAUGAGACUGGGAGAGAAUCUUGUACCUGCACCAUUGGAUCAUUAACUCAGAAGACAGAAGCCAAGAUGCUGUCCAAGCUGAAUGAGUCACAAGUUAAGGCGGUGCGCACCUGUUUGAGAAGAGUUGAAUGUGUUCAUUGUUCCCAUGUUGAUCUUAUAUGGGGCCCUCCGAGUACGGGGAAGACGACUACUAUUAGUACACUUUUGUUUAUGCUCUGUCAAAGGAAGUGCAGAACACUUGUUUGCGCUCCAACAAAUGUGGCAAUUUCGCAAGUUGCCACCCGGGUGAUAAAGCUGAUCCAAGAGUCCCUUAAAGAUGAAUCUUCAAAGAAGAAUUUGAUAUAUCCCUUGGGUGAUGUGCUCAUAUUUGGAGAGAAGGAUAGAUUGAAGCUGGGCGAAGAUUUUGAGGAAUCCUAUCUAGAAUAUUGUGUUGAAAGGCUUCUUGAGUGUUUGAAAGAUUGGAGACACUGCGUUGAUUCUGCAAUCCGUUUUUUUGAGUAUCCUGUUUCUGAGCAUGAAAUCUUUGUGGAAACUGAACUAAUAAAGAUGAGAGAGCUGAUUGUGAAAGGAGAAACCUUGAAGGGCAGUUCAGAACCUAAAUCCUUUGCUGAAUUUAUUAAAUCUCAGUUUGAGGUUGCCGUUUCACCCUUGAGACGAUGCAUGCUUACAAUGUGUACUCAUUUGCCAAGGCAUUUCAUUCUUGAAAAGACUUUCCAAGAUAUCCUUUCCUUGGUCCACCUUCUUGAUUCCAUGAAACAUACUUUGUAUCAGAAGCCUAUCACAUCUGAACAACUGAACGAAAUUUUUUCACAACCUGUACACUCCCAAGCUUCAUUUGGGUCAACUGUAAAUACACCUUUGGCCUACUUGAGAAAAAAGAUCCUCUCCAUUCUGAAAUCCCUUCUUAAUUCUCUUGGGGGACUUCAAUUCCCCAAUGCAAUAACAAAAACAUCGAUAACGGAGUUCUGCUUGAACCUAUCAUCUUUGGUUUUCUGUACCUCUUCAAGUUCUUAUAAGAUGCACUCAUUUGAGAUCAAACCAUUCAGUUUGAUGGUCAUAGACGAAGCAGCCCAGUUGAGGGAAUGCGAAUCUAUCAUACCACUUCAGCUACAAGGCCUGAAGCAUGCAAUUCUUGUAGGUGAUGAAUGCCAAUUACCUGCAAUUGUGCAUAGCAAAGUGUCUUCUGAAGCUGGAUUUGGAAGAAGCUUAUUUGAAAGGUUAAGUUCAUUGGGUCAUUCAAAGCUCGUUCUGAAUAUGCAGUAUCGAAUGCAUCCAGCAAUAAGCCACUUCCCAAAUCUGAGUUUCUAUAACCAGCAAGUCAUUGAUGCUCCAAAUGUGCAAAGCAAAACCUAUGCGAGGCAGUAUCUUCAGGGAAGAAUGUUUGGACCAUAUUCAUUUAUUAGUGUCCCCAAUGGAAAAGAAGAAUUGGAUGGUUUUGGCCAUAGCAGAAGGAAUAUGGUUGAGGUUGCUUUAGUACUUAAGAUAGUGCACAACUUGUACCGAUAUUGGCGUAACACGAGAAAUGAACUUAGCAUUGGUGUUAUAUCUCCCUAUGCUGCUCAAGUAGUUGCUAUCAAAGAAAAAAUUGGCAAAAGGUAUGACAACCUGAAUGGCUUUGCAAUUAAGGUGAAGUCUAUUGAUGGUUUCCAAGUAACCAUUUCUUCAGUUUCUUCUAGACACUGUUUAUGGAUUCUGGGAAAUGAAUUGACACUAGAGAAUAGUCAUUCAGAGUGGGAAGGUUUAGUUCUAAAUGCAAAGCAGCGUCAAUGCCUCUUCUCUGCUUCUGAGGAUAGUGAUCUGUCAAAAACUUUUUUGGAGGUAAAGACAGAACUGAAUCAACUUGAGGAUUUGCUUAAUGCUGAUAGCAUCUUGUUCAAAAAUCAGAGGUGGAAGGUUCUAUUGAGCGAAGAUUUCAAAAGAUCAUUUAAAAAGUUGGUGGCAUCCCAUCUUAAAAAAGCAGUGCUAACUCUUCUACUUAAGCUGGCUAGUGGAUGGAGACCCAAGAGAAAAAGCAUGGACCGGAACUGUAACAGGUUCAAGAAUCUUAAUGAAAGAUUUGCAAAAGGCUUGAAUGACAGUGAGGUGGAUGGUGGAGGUUACAUUGAAACUUCAAGAGUGAGUGAAAGCUUACUCUUGAUGAAGUUUUACUCCUUAUCAUCUGGCAUUGCCAAUCAUUUGCUCUCUGACAACCUCGGUGAAGAAAUUGAUAUCCCUUUUGAAGUGUCCGAUGAGGAGAGAGAGAUCAUUAUGUUUGAAAGAAGCAGUUUCAUACUGGGGAGGUCGGGCACGGGGAAAACCACUGUUUUGACAAUGAAAAUGUUUCAAAAGGAGCAACAACAACAUCUUGCCUUGGAGGGCAUCACCACAGAUAAUAAUGAGAUAAGCAAGUAUACAGGAAGAAGUAGAUUUUCAAGAGCUGAGAUUACAAGUAGUCAAUCUGAAGUUGACACCAAGACAAAUACCUUAAGGCAGUUGUUUGUUACCGUUAGUCCAAAGCUUUGCUAUGCUGUUAAACAACACAUUUCUCAUUUGAAAUGCUUUGCACAAGGUAAGAAAUUCUCUGAUGACUAUGGUAGCUUGAUGGAUAUGGUGGAUGAUUUGGAUGGACUGUCCCAUUUUAAAGACAUUCCAAAUACUUUUGUUUCCAUUCCAGAGAAAAAAUAUCCCCUUGUCAUAACAUUUCGGAAGUUCUUGAUGAUGCUGGAUGGGACAGUAGGAUCUUCAUACUUCAACCAUUUCCAAGAAAAAAACACUCUCUCUCUGGAUAUAUCUAGUUCAGUCACUGUGGAAGCUCUAAUAAAAAGAAAAGAGGUUAAUUUUGACCGCUUUUGUUGCUUGUAUUGGCCUCGCUUUAACUCCCAGUUGACAAAGAUUCUUGAUGUUGCAAAGGUGUUUACUGAAAUCAUUUCACAUAUAAAAGGGGCAUUCCAAGCGUGUGAGAAAAGUGAUGCAAAACUCAGCCGUGACAAAUAUAUUUCAAUGUCUGAUAAAAGGAUUUCGACUUUGAAUGAAAAGAAGAGGGAGGCAAUUUAUGAUAUCUUUCUGGAUUAUGAAAAAAUGAAGAAGAAAAGAGGUGAAUUUGAUUUGGCUGAUUUAGUGAAUGAUAUCCAUCUACGGUUGAAUGAGGAAAACUGGGAGGGUGACAAAUUGGACUUUGUGUAUAUUGAUGAGGUUCAAGAUCUCACUAUGAGACAGAUUUUACUGUUCAAGUAUGUUUGUCAAAAUGUUGAUGAAGGCUUCAUAUUUUCUGGGGAUACAGCCCAGACCAUUGCUAAGGGGGUGGAUUUUAGGUUUGAAGAUAUCCGAACAUUGUUCUAUGAGGAGUUUGUCAUGAAACAGAAAUGUGGUAUGCAUGUCACAGAAAAAGGCCACAUAGCCAAGGUGUCUUGUUUACUGCAGAACUUUCGUACACAUGCUGGUGUUCUUAAGCUUGCUCAAAGUGUGAUUGAUAUUCUUUAUCACUAUUUCCCUCUAUCUAUUGAUGCUUUGGCACCAGAGACUAGCUUGAUAUAUGGCGAGGCUCCAGUACUCCUGAGACAUGGGAGCAAUGAAAAUGUUAUUGCAACUAUCUUGGGUAACCGUGUGGGCAUUAGCUCGAAAGUGGCAGGCUUUGGAGCCGAGCAAGUCAUAUUGGUGCGUGAUGAGUCUGUUAAGAAGCAAGUUGUUGAUCUUGUUGGAAAACAAGCCCUUGUUCUAACCAUACUUGAAUCCAAAGGAUUGGAGUUCCAAGAUGUACUACUUUACAACUUCUUUAGUUCUUCACCAUUCGAAAAUCAGUGGAGAGUGGUGUAUGAAUUUAUGAGUACCAAGCAAAGAGAUCUGGUUGACUUGAGAUUUUUGGAGAGCUUUCCAUAUUUUACUGAAGAAAGGCACACAGUUUUGUGUUCUGAACUGAAGCUGCUCUAUGUGGCAAUAACGAGGACUAGACAAAGAUUAUGGAUCUCUGAGAGUGUUGAAGAGUUCUCCAAACCUAUGUUUGAAUAUUGGGGAAAAAUGGGCCUUGUGGAAGUAAGGACUGUUGAUGAAUCUUUUGUGCAAGCUAUGCACAAGGCAAGCACUCAAGAGCAGUGGAAGGAUCGGGGAUUAAAACUACUUUGGGAGAAGAACUAUGAAAUGGCCAUAAUGUGUUUUGAAAGGGCGGGAGAGAGAACCUUAGAGAAACAAGCUAAAGCUUUCAGUCUUAGGGAAGCUGCUGCCCGAAUGCAGGAAAGAAAUCCCAAAGUGUCUGGUACCCACCUUAGGGAAGCUGCUGAGAUAUUUGAGUCUAUCAAAAAAUUUCAGUCUGCAGCUGAAUGUUAUUGUGACUUGAAGGAUUUUGUGCGGGCAGGAGAAAUUUAUUUGAAUAUGUGUGGCGAGCAUGCACAAGCUGCAGAGUGUUUCAUAUCCGCAGGAUGUUAUGAGACUGCAGCAGAGAUAUACACAAAGCAAAACUGUUUGUCAAAGUGUUUGGCAGUUUGCAGCAAGGGGCAGCUAUAUGAAAAAGGAUUAAAAUAUGUAGAGAAAUGGAAACCUGGUGUCCAGUAUAAUGAUAAUGAUGAUAGAGGGAAAGAAAUAGACAGAAUCAAACAGGAAUUUCUUGAAAGGUGUGCAUCUAAGUACUUCAAGUGCAAUGCUAGGAAAUCAAUGAUGAAGUUUGUCAAAGCUUUUAAGUCAAUGGACGAUAAGCGCCAGUUCUUGAGGACUAGAAAUUGUAUGGAUGAGUUGUUAUUGCUAGAGGCAGAACUUCUUGUUAAAGCUGGAAAUUUCUGCAACGCAACCUCGCAAAUCCUAUCGUAUGUGCUAGCUAAUUCUUUGUGGGUGCAGGGAAGCGAGCCAUGGCCACUGAAGUAUUUUGCUUCUAAGAACAAACUCUUGAACAAGGCCACCACAUUUGCUAGGAAUGAAUCUGAUCUUUUCUAUGAAUCUGUGUGCACUGAGGCUAAGGUGUUGGAACAUGAGAAAAGAAAUUUGUGUGAAUUGAGAUGUGUUUCCAGUUGACCUGCAGUUCCAGAAUGAUACAAUGUUCUGUGACCAGCUCUCUGUUGGAACACUGUGUCACUUUUGGAAUCU